UUUGCCCAUUAAAGUAAUUAAUAAAUACAUGGAAAAAACAAGAAGUAUAUCCCACUAUAUAAACCCGCCCCCUUUCCUAGAGGCUAGAAGUAAAGCACCCCCAAAUUGCCCAAACAUCAAACACAGAGCAAAACAGAAACCCUAGAGAAAAAUCAUGGUGCGGAGGCGCGUGGAAAUCAAGGCAAUUGAGGUGAAGGCGAAGCGGCACACCACCUUCACGAAGCGGCGGCAGGGCCUGUUCAAGAAGACCCAGGAUUACUGCACCCUGAGCGACUCCCAGGCGGCGGUGAUCGUCUUCUCCGCCGCCGGAAACUUCUUCGGCUUAGGCCACCCUUCUCUCAACCUGUUGGUCAACCGCUACAUCUCUCACCCUAAAUCCGUCUUCGGGAAGGAAGCUGCCGGAGCCGGAGGACCACGUGUGCUUGACGGCGGCGGAGCUGAGGACGGCCCGGCGGAGCCGCUGCCGCUGACGGAGACGGAGAGGAGGAUAGUUGAGGCGAUUGAGAGGAAGAGGUGGGAUUCGGCGGUGGGGGAUUUGGUUCCGGAGGAACUUAGUGAGCUGGCGGCGGAGGUGGAGAAGAUCAAACUUAUGGUGGCGGCGCGUAAGAAGGAGAUUAAGGGGAAGAGUAAGGUGGAUGGUUGAUUUUUCC